UGAGGAUGGGAAAUACCCAACCGCGACCUCAAAAUACCUGACCGGGUAUUUUUGAGGCCCGACCGGGUAUUUCGGUUUAAAAGUAAAUCCCCGGUCAGCCCCGCUCUCUCUCAUCUCAUUUUUUUUCAGAACCCCCUCUCUCUUCCUUCCCUCUUCCUCUCCUGCUCUCUCGUCGGAGUAGUUUUCUUCAUCGAAGUUUCGUAGAUCCCGUCUUUGUCCAACCUCCAAUUUCAAAUCCCCUUUGUGGGGAACCCCUUUGCCAUAAAUUUCUCCCGCUUUGGGCGAGUUCCAAUUUUUCCGACCACCGCCGACGAUUUUUGGCGAGCGCCCCGGGUCGUUUCCUCUGUGGUUUUGCAUCCCUCACCCCUUUCCUGAGCCCGUCUACGGUCCUACUUGCGUUUCUAGGUGUGUUUCUUGCUCAACUUGUUUUUCUCUGGAAAAUCAGAAUGUUGACAAUAGGCCCGAGAAUUGUGAUUGGUUUGACAUGUUUGAACGAGAAUAGGAUGAGGGACGCAGUGGAUGUGAGUUGUUCAUGAAUGAUGGAUGCCUAAUUGUGCCUUGCUUUUACCAUGAUUCUGCUUGAUUGGCGGUUGGUUUGUUUGCACAUCAACUGCUUUGUGCUUAAGUGCUUACCCUAGGUGGUCCUUCAAGUGUGGGGGAGCUGUUGAACCCAUACUUGCGGGCCUAAUGAGAAUUUUCUUAGCUCUACCUGUGGUUUGUUGCAUGUGCAGGAUCAUGUCGCUCGCCCAUGCCUACAUGCAGGACCUGCGCCUGCACCCUGACUUUGCAGGACAGUACGCUAAGGUCAUCAACGGCGUGUUUCACCGCCAUCAUCACCUCGAGUUCGACAUUUUCCACCAGCUCCACUGCAUGCGAGAGAUCGUCGCUGCCAUCAGCCACCCUCAUUGGACGGUCCCCCUGUCCGCCUCUGAUUCCACCUACAUCGAGCUAGUUUGGGACUUCUACUCCACAUUCAAGUACCGCUGCAAGGCAUCUCGACACUCCACCACCAGUGUCACCUUCCGACUCGGCGGGCAGAUGCGGGAGAUGAGCCUCGAUGGGCUAGCCCAUGCUUUGGGAUCCAUUACCACCCAUACUCCCACCACCACAAGAAAGUUCCCCAUCCCGCCGACUAGAACCAGGAUGAGUUCUACGGCCGCAUCACCUGCCCUGACAUCUAGGGGAACUUCUUCGAGGCCAGCCAGACGAUAGUUUCUACCAUCCGACCCGAGUGGCACAUCAUCAACCUCCUGCUCACUAGUUCGAUCAUCCCCAAUGCCACGGGUACUCUAUGGGGAACCCUGACCACCUGCUGCACCUAGGGUCUGUUGUGGCCACCACUUUUGCUUGGUGCCACAACAAACCCACUUACUUCUUUUGUGGUCCCCUGAUCAUGAAACUGGCUCGUCACUUCGAGAUCGACUUGGCGAGAUUGACUGAUCCUAUGGAGUAUGGCGGCUCUGCACCCUCAAUAGGGAGAUCAUCCGCAACGCCCUGCUGUUGCUUCUGCAGAGGGGCGGGAGUGGGUUGAUGGUUUAUCCAAGCCACCAGACAAGGAGGAUGCAGAUGAGGAGGGUGAUGAGGAGGAUGAGGACUACACUGGCGAGGAUGAGGUCGGUGAUGAUGAUGAUGAUAGGGGUGCUAUGGAUGCUGAUGAGCCGAAGCUCCCGCUCUCCCCUCUAUGGGAUAUUCAGCCACGAUGGAGACCCGAGCGGGGCCAGUCCUCCUCAGGUCCUUAUGGUCCAUCGAUAGACUUCUUCACAGAGUAGUUUCACCAGAUUGGGCUCUAGUUUCAGCAGCUCGGGGUCCAGAACCAACAACUCAUGGACCAUCAGGUCCAGUUUUAUCAGCAGUAUUCAGCCCACCAGGCCGAGUACCACUCUCGGAUGAUGGUUGUGGACGAGCGCCUCGACCGGUUGGAGGCUCAGCAUGGAAUCACCAGUGCUUGCAUCGAGCGGGAUCAGACACGCAGCCGACGGAUGAUGGAGUACUAGGAGCACCUCUUCAGUCCUGCCAUCCAUCGCAGGAGCACCACUGCACCACCCGGUGGGACAACUCACCCCUCCCCCCCCCCCCCCCCCCCCCCCCCCCCCCCCCCCCCCCCCCCCCCCCCCCCCCCCCCCCCCACCGACAAACGGGGUUGACAUCUCAUGGAGCAGAUUGAUUUCAGCCAGCUCGAGUAGGCUGUACUCGCUGGUCCUUUUCUGUUUGUUUCAUUUUGAGUCAGAGUGCAAACUGGAUUUGGUGUUUUGUUUUGGUUUGAUUUUCAUUGGAUGAUGUACCAUUGGGCUGACAACUUGACCUAACGUAUAUGUGCUUGAGUGAUUGUGUUUUCUCUAGCCCGUGCCAUUAUGAUGACUUGUCCCAUUUCCAGUCCUCCUCACUCCGAGUGGUCCACUUUCCAGUCCCACUACAACCUGCUAAUACCGGUAACAUCGUUCCCCUUAUCCUUCCCUCUUCUCCAUUGAGGGUGUCGAACUUAAGUGUGGGGGGAUGUUUCUAUUUGACGGUUUAGAUCUGUUUGUGUGCUUGGAGCCUAGUCCACUUUCCAAAUUUUUAAAUUUGAGGGCUCAAAGUACUGUUCCCCACGAUAACCUGCUUAGUAUGCUUUGAAUUGACAGUCUUUAUGGUGAUAUGCAACCUAGGGAGGUAGUGGUAGCACUAUGGAGGAUGUUGAAGUAUAAGAUUUUUCCUAUCUAUCUCUCUGCUGUGUCGGUUGAUUUUGUGAACUAGUGGAUUUAAGACCGUUGAAUUCAUGUGGUAUUGGUGACUCCUUUUAAAUUGUGUAGUGGACUCGUGUAUCCAAACAGGGUGCUUAGGUGUGAAAUGAAAAGCAGUUGGUCCUCCAUGUCAGAAUAAUUGAAAUCUUAAACAUGGGGUAAGCCCAACGUGUGUGGCACCGUUCAUUGCACAAAAUCGGGUUUUGGAAGAGAUUUUAGUGAUCCUUAGUGGGGUACUCCUACAAGGUGAAGCUAAGUUGUCCCUAUUACAAGUAAAAUUUUCACCCGUUGAACGGUUUGCCUACUCGAGGAUGUGUUAUUAAGGGCACGUGACAGAUGUACAGAAAUUUCUCUUGCUCCACACGAGUUGAGGAAAAGGAGUUAAAGGAAGUAUUCUGGCGAGUGACAGAUGUACAGAAAUUUCUCUUGCUCAACUAAUAAGGAUCGACCGUACAAAAACUGCAGUUGGUACCCGCACAAAGUGAAUGGAAAAAGAAAGGAAAUGUAAAAUGGAAGUGCGGAAAGGGGUUCCAACGGUUGAAAUGAAGUGAAAGGGCACCCCGAUACAAUGAGUCCUUGGUUGUUGAAUUGUGUGAGUCCCUUUAUCCAUGAAUUGAUUGUCUUAGUCCCAUUACUUCUCAUGAUCCUGGCUUGAGUUUAGUACUCGCAUUGAUAGAGAUAGGGGACGUCUUAUAAGACCCGUUCACCUCGUAAGCUGCUAUAUGAUCUAGAAAAUCCUCUACCGACGAUCGGGGUUGUGUGUUGCUAUAGAGGUCUGGAGAGCUGCAUUGGUUUGAGUCAGGUUUGCAUGGGGACAAGCAAAUAGUUAAGUGUCGGGGAAUUUGAUAAACCAUUAUUUGCAAAUGUUUAGACAACCAUUCUUGAGUCAUAUGAGGUCGAUUCUCGUGUUUUAAACCGAUUUCACGCUAGGUUGUGCGCUAAUGUCAUAUUUCAGGACUUGGGGUGGACAUGGAGGCGUGGAAAUAAGUUUUGGGUCAAAAAGGAGGAAGUUGGAGUGAAGGGCGAUGGAGGAAGGAAAUACCCAGUCGGCCCUUGAAAUAUCCGACCGGGUAAAGUGGUUUCGAACGCCAGAAAUCCAGAUGGGGUCCCGGCCGGAUAGCUAAAAUACUCGAUCGGGUAUUCUAGACCUCGAUCGGGCAUUAGCCCUUCUCCACUGUGCAGCAUUUCAAAAUACUCGGUCGCUCACCUGAAAUACCCGACCGGGUAUUAUGGCCGGGUAUCGCGUCCUGCUGCCUUUUGAGGGAAAGAAGACCAAUUUUGCAAAGGGAUCCGAUUUUGGGAGCUAGAGAGCAGAAAACCUAGAGAGAGAAAGUGACGAACAGAACUUCCAAGUGCCCUAAAUCGAUCUUCAACACCAUUAGAGCUCGGUGGAAGCUUGGAGGAGUGCCGAUUGAUCACCAGAAGCAGAUCCUCAUCCUUCACAGUAUGAAUUCCGCAUCUGAAGCAGAUUUUCUUUCACUCUCUAUGGAGUAAACUCCCUUUCUCACCUGGGUAUGAAGAACCCUAGAAUUGUAUGUUAGGUCUGGUUGUAUGAACCAAAGUACGAAUUCUUUGAUAUCGAUUAUAUUCAAUUGAGGGCUGAUUUUCUGAAUUACAUGAAUCCUGAUCAAAUUCCUAUUAUUUCUGCUUUGACCUGGAAUGAGAAUAUAUGCAUAGGUUGAUAGAGCACCCUUGAUUGAAGGUAGUGAAUCGACGACUUUAGUGGAGGAGUUUGAUUCACUUUUCUGUAUUGGAUUUAUUCCAGUAGAAGAGGUUUGGUACGUCAGGCCUCAGUCUGUUUACUCCGGUGGAGGUUAGUUGCCCGCUGGGGAUUCAGAUUGAGAGGCUCUGGAGACCUUUAGUCGAGACUGCAGACUACCUAAGAACCUUCCGCAGUAUAACUAUCAUUGAAUCUGAACUUGGCAAAUUACAACUUGGCUUAACUGCAGUCUAGGGGGAACCAUAUCUGGGUGACUUCUCUCGAACUCGGAAAACAACAUUUACUGCUUUUGCUUGUUAGUUUAGUUGGAACGUCAUUACAGGUUGACCGCUAAAUAAUAAGAUUCUCACGGAGUAGUCAUCACACCUAGGACCCGAUUUGAUAUUUAGAACUAAACCCGUUAUACUACGGAUUAGUAUGUGGUUACACUUGGCCACUUUCUAGUGUGACGGUAGGAGUGAGUCACUUAGAAGGCUUAUGAAUGAGAAAGUGCAUGGGAUAGUUAAAAGUAUAGGAUUUGUAUAUCAAAGGGAAAUGGAUUGGCCUUAAUGGGAUACUUGGAAAUGGUAUUGCAUGGUCACUUAAAUCAAACACAAAGAUUAUCGUGUUUUACACUCAACACAAGAUAUGGGGAAAGGGAUAACAUAGUAUGAAGACAACGGACGGUGAUUCGUUCCGCGGUGGUAUGUGAUAUGAUUAGACUGGACUGGGUACGUCCGCAAUGGUGUAAUGGCACCAGGCUGAGAUACGUUCCGCGGUGGUAUGUGAUAUGAUUAGACUGGACUGGGUACGUCCGCAAUGGUGUAAUGGCACCAGGCUGAGAUACGUUCCGCGGUGAUAUGUUUUACUGGAACUAAUGAUAAUCCCUAUUCCUAUAUCUUGGAAGAGUGUAUGAUUUGGCAAGCUAAUUUAGUAAAAGUAAUUGAAUCAAUUUAACCGUGCAUGUGAUUGAAUCCUUGUAUAAGAAUUUCAUACGAUGAGGUUAUGUAAUGACUUCCUAUUAUGUGAUAUAUGAAUUGUGUAUGUGGAUGAUAUAGUUAUGUGAUAGUUUUCUGUAGUAUUUUAUAUAUUGAUAUGAUAUGGGAGUGCAUGAUGAAAUGAAUGGAUAUGUGUGUUAUGGAAUGAAAUUUCCUAUAUCAUGAUGUUUGUGUGAUGUGGUAUGGUAUGUGACAUGUGUUGUCAGACCAUGGCUGAAUGUGACGAUGUAUUGUCGGUUGUUAUAAUAUAGUAAUUUAUAUGAAUGAGUCAUGGAUGAUAAGAGAAGUACUUUGGGGGCACAACAUCACUCGUUACUAUUUUGGUAUUGAUGUUUGUAUUAGGUCAUUAUUUAGUCAUUGAGUGACGUCUCACUCCAUCAAUAUUUUUCCCAGAUUCAAAGCGAUCGUGAUAGAAGAAGACAAGUCAGUCGACCUGAGGGGGAUGACAUAACUGAACUCUCCACAUGUUUUUAUUUGGUAUAUUGGAGGAAAGUGUUCCUCCUAAGUCUUGUCCUAAAUAGAUGUUGUUCAAUAUGAAAUGUUUGCUAGUGAUGUCUAAAUGGUGGAAGGGUGUUAUAGCUCUGAAUUGGCUUGUGGUUGACUUUCGAUUUUGCAAGUUAUUACUAAUCAGUUGCAACUUAGUAAGUGUAAGGUGGGGCUAAAUUCUUGUGUCUUGUUAGCUCUAAUAAGUUCGAUUUGCCAAAUGGGUAACGUUGUUUCUCAUUUUAUGUUAUUUUGUCUGGAAGUACUUCUUUCUGUAAUUAUGUUGAGUUUUUUUCUUUCACUUGCCCUAAGUAGUUGAAGUGCAUUUUAUUUUCAUUUGUAUCUUGCGUCAAUUUGUUAUAGAUCUCCAAAAGUAAAUUCCCGUUGUGGCAGUUAUAGGAUUCAACGACAUCCAACUCUAGCACUCAAUCACUAUAGUUGAAAUUAUUCUGAUGCAUUUUCUUAAAGCCCUUGAAGUGACUUUACCUUGAAAUUAUUCCAAAAGGAUGCGCUAGUGUUGAAGUUCAGGUUUCCAACUUAGAGAAAGUGUAUUUGAGUCUUCAUAUCCAGAUUAGCUAGCAUGUCUGUCCACUGAACUAUUCUAUUUUGUUUAUCAUUUUCUUUGUUUCUUCUUUAUUGACAUGAAGUUUUUGAUGAUGAAAUGCAGGAAACAACAGUAAGUGUCUUCAGCUACUGUUUUUUAUGACAAUAAACUGCAUUUCUCUGAGUUUGAACAACCUAGUGCUUCUGGGAUAAAAAAAACAAUAGCCAAUUUCAUACGAUCUUGCCAUCACAAUUCAGUAUUCACAAAUCCUCUCAAGAUAUUUGGUGAACAAGGCACUUGAAUUCCAAAUUUCUAACUAUAUAACUGAUAUGCAUGGUGUGUUUGGUUAUGUAAAUUGAGUUAUUUGUAAUUGUAAGUCUGCUUAACUCUACUUUUUUCACACCUUUGGGAGAUAUUUAUCAGAGUUGGGUUUAUUUAACAGACAAGAAUUGAUAGUGGUUCCUUAUCAGAAUGGUAUGAGUUACUUUUAAGAAAACCCAUUAAGAUAUAAAGUAGCUUGGGUAUUGAUAACUUGUGAUUUGAUUUUGGUAUUGGUUUGUUAUUAUGCAUAUUAGCAAAUACCAAGUGAGGGUUGAAAGUUCUUAGUAGGGUUGUAUUUGUUUUCGCAGAGCUUCUCAGUGUUCCUAAGAAUGCUAGUAAAGACUUCAAUAUUUGGGACAAUUGUGUUAUUUAUCAUAAUUUUCAGAGUUGUUGACAGAAUUAGCAUAUGCCAGAUUAUGACAAAAUGACUUCACCACAAAAAAUACAGAUUAUUCAUAAAUACAAUUAUGACAAUAACAGUCUAUCAAGACAAACAUAUUAUGAAAAAAAUGAAAACAAACCCAUACUAUAUAUCGUGACAAACUAUUAUAACAAAAUUAGUAAAUUACUUUAUGCAACUAUAUAAUUUGUCACAACCACGUACCAAAAUUUGCAACUAUCGUGAUAAAAUUCGAUUUUAUUAUGAAAAAAUAUUUCUCUAUUUCGAUAAAAUGUUUUGUCAAAAAUAGGGGUCCUAUAAUGACAAAAAUUGGUCGUCAUGUUGAAACAUAUUGGGACAAGACAUUACAAAUUUGUCAUAAUAAAGUUUUUUCGACGAGGUAGUUUUGAAGAUCAUUAUGACAAACAAAAAAGUGUCAUAAGAAAGUUAUUAUGACGAAAAUUUGUUGUAUUAUGACAAAAUGUUGUUGUCACAAUAGACAAAAAUUGUUGUGUAAACGUAAGAAAAGUGAUGAGCCAUUAAGACUGAAGCCAAGCCCUAAGACAGUAGAAUGAAACUUAUCAAACCAUGCACAAGGUGCCUACUUGACACGCCAAAACACAACACGAAUCUGCAACCAAGUGUAAUCGCAGACCGGGAACGCAGUAACAGGCAAGUUAUAUUAUCAACCCGGGGUCUAGAUCUACUGCUUACUCAGUGAUUCUCUAUUAUCUAGCCAACUAAAGUAGGUGAUUGUUGUUUAAAAGCAAAAGCAGAAAGAAAGCAGGAAAUUAUUC